AUGAACUCAGAGCUAAGAAUGCCCACAGGCCCAUGGGCCCCACCAAGCCCAGAAGAACCUUCCCCGGGGCCACCCCUGCCAGAAGCAGCCAGCACCAGUGCUGAGGAAGAGCCGUGUGGUGGGAAUGGGGUGGUGAUCCCCCGGAAGGGAGGCCGCAGAGUCCAGCCCGUCUUCAGGAUUAUCUACACUGCUCUGGGGAAGCCCCAUGAAGGCACCACCCUGGAGCCCCUGCGCAAGUGA